UGACAAAAGCGGAAAGCAUUUCAAGUAUAUAGGAAACAUACUGCAACCUCAUCUAAGUGUCUCAAUUAACUCAAUUCAAGUGUGCAUUGAAAAGUUCCAGUAUAUAAAUAACCGAGAACCUGCUGUCGCCAUCACUAGACGGAAUCCAUCCAGCGGCUGAACAACAACUUUUAUUUCCCAAUCGUUAUGUUUGUCUGGCUUGUAUUCGUGUCCGCUUUCGCCAUUGUUUCUCAUCAGCAAUUCCAGCAGGAUCGGCGACAGCCGUUUUGGCUUCCAAAUCCAUCGCAGCAUCACCAGCACGCCCCCCGUCCAAAUCCCUACGAUUUUAUUAACGACAAGGCUGCAACACCGAGACAACAGAUUACAGGCCUCGUUGGUUCGGAAAUUCGCCACAUUGGCAUCAACGACGGGAUGGAAGAUGAGCGAAUAAUCAACCGAUCGAAUCUCCGGUUCUUGUUCUAUGGCUAUCAGCACAAUCAUUUCUUUAAGACGGCCACGAUAACCAUCACGACGACGCAGGACGUCAUAAGUGUCCAGACUUGCCUCAAUGUCGACAGAUUUGUCAACUUGGCCUCGAUCUCGGUCAUUUGCAAACGCAGGAAAAAAAGAGAAAUCCUGCAGGAUUUUUCUGAACAAUCGUCCCGAGAGAAUCCCAUCGAACCCACCGAUCCUCAACAACCGUUGAUGACGAUCCUCCCUGCAGAUGUUGGUCAUCUGGAGCGAGGAUCUCGCCACCUGUUGGACGAUCCUGACUUUAUUUCUUCGUCUAAGGACGACGUCAUUAUUGGGAGAGAUGAUUCGACGCCAGGGAAUGAAGACUAUCCGAAAAUGCAGGAGCGAUUUUACUAUCCGUUUGUGGCCACCAAAACAGUGUAUUCCGUUGUGCUAAACAGCUUGGUGGUUACUAAAGCAAUUUUGCUGGCCUACUUUCGUGCUUUGUAUUGUCGCCCAAGCGAAUUCGUCGUUUGCUCAACAUGAAUUAACAGCAAAUAUGGUUUUGUAUAGCUAGGUGAUGUGUAGAUUGAUUUAAUUCCUUACGUCAUGAAGAAAAUGCGAAUUUCUUUCAUUCGAUUAUAGAAAAUUGGAUUCUCUUACCAUAUAAAUAUCGGUGUCUAGCCUAUUUAAGUGUCUUUGCAUAUCGAGUGUUUAUCCAAUAACAAUAAAUGCCGCCGU